GCGGUUGCGUCCGGACGCCACGCGACGUCACGGGAGGGGGGCGGGGUUCUGGACGGGCUGGACGCCUGAACUGCGAGGCUCUGGCUGUUUACCCCCGCCCCCUCAGCCCUUCACACGCCCGCCCUCUUUCCUCUCUUCCCUCUUUCCCUCCUUCCCUCCCUCCCUUCGUCCCUCCCCCUUUCCUUCCCACAGCCCCUCCCCCUUCCUCCCUCCUCCCUCCCCUUCUCACACUCAAGGGGGAGGGAGCCUGGGGGGGGGGAAAGGAAAAAAAAAGUACGGGCUGGUGUCCCGGCGGCGGGGCUGGGCCCGUGAUUCCCUGGGGCAGGUCCGACCCGGGCGGCGGCGGCGGCGGCUCUGAGUCCGGAGGAGGGCGGCUGCGGAGGAGGAGGCGGCGGUCCGCAUUACAUGCAUCCAUUGCCGCUCUCCGCCGAGAUGGAUUUCAGUCAGAACAGCCUGUUCGGCUACAUCGAGGACCUGCAGGAGCUCACUAUCAUCGAGAGGCCGGUACGUCGGAGCCUCAAGACACCAGAAGAAAUAGAAAGACUAACAGUUGAUGAAGAACUCAAUGAUAUUGAAAGGGCUGUUUAUCUACUCAGUUCUGGUCAAGAUGUCCAAGGAACAAGUGUGGUUGCAAAUCUCCCCUUCCUGAUGCGACAGAAUCCUGCAGAGACACUUCGAAGGGUUUUACCAAAAGUCAGAGAAGUCCUGCAUGUUGCAGGGGUGGAAAUGCAAUUAACUGCUGCAGCUUCAUUUUUGACCAUUCUACAAGAGGAAUCAGUGCCGAUUCAAACUUAUUCCCACUCGUUCCUACACAUCAUUCUACAGCAUGUGGAGCACAGGGAUGCAGGUGUCAGUAAUGCUUGGCUGGAAACUCUUCUAUCAGUAAUAGAAUCGCUGCCAAAAGAAACCUUAAGACAUGAGAUUUUGAAUCCACUUGUUUCCAAGGCCCAGCUGUCCCAAACACUCCAGUCUCGUUUAGUUAGCUGUAAACUUUUAGGAAAAUUGUCCAACAAAUUUGAAGCCCAUAUCAUUAAAAGAGAAAUACUUCCUCUGGUGAAAUCCCUCUGCCAAGAUGUAGAAUAUGAAGUUCGAUCUUGCAUGUGUCGACAGUUAGACAUCAUAGCUCAAGGUAUAGGGACAGAACUAACCAAAAGUGUCGUGCUUCCUGAAUUAAUAGAACUAGCUAGAGAUGAGAGCAGCAGUGUGCGGCUUGCAGCAUUUGAAACUUUAGUUAAUCUGCUUGAAAUGUUUGAUGCAGAUGACAGAAGUCAAACUAUACUUCCCUUAGUAAAAUCAUUUUGCGAAAAAUCUUUCAAAACAGAUGAAACGAUUCUUCUUUCUUUAUCUUUACAUUUAGGGAAACUAUGCCACGGAUUGUAUGGAAUUUUAACUCCAGAUCAGCACUUGAGAUUCUUGGAGUUUUAUAAAAAACUCUGCACGUUGGGUUUACAACAGGAAAAUGGGCAUAAUGAUAAUCAGGUUCCACCUCCAAACCAAGAGCAGGAAAAGAGAUAUGCAUCAGUGCGAAAGAACUGUGCUUACAACUUUCCAGCCAUGAUUGUUUUUGUGGAUCCUAAGAACUUUCAUAUGGAACUUUAUCCUACCUUCUUCUGCCUUUGUCAUGAUCCUGAAGUGCCAGUCAGACACACUAUUGCUAUUUGCUUCUAUGAAGUGUCUAAGCUUCUUAGUUCUGGAGUAUAUUUAAUAUAUAAAGAACUAAUUGCACUAUUACAGGAUGACUCACUGGAGGUCUUAGAUGCACUUGUAGAUCAUCUUCCAGAAACCCUAGAACUUUUGACUACUGGUGGUGAAAGCAGUGUUCAAGAAAACAAGUUAUUGUCUGUACCUGACUUGAUUCCAGCUCUGACAGCAGCAGAACAGCGAGCAGCAGGCUCCUUAAAAUGGAGAACUCACGAAAAGAUACUGCAAAAAUAUGCCUGCCUGCCUCAUAUCAUAUCAAGUGAUCAGAUUUAUUACCGUUUUUUACACAGAAUGUUCACAAUCAUGAUGACAAAUAAUGUCUUACCUGUACAAAAGGCAGCAUCUCGAACUCUUUGCAUUUUUCUAAGAUAUAAUCGUAAACAAGACCAGAGACAUGAGAUCAUUCAGAAAUUAAUUGAACAAUUGGGCCAAGGAAAAAGCUACUGGUAUAGACUUCGAUUUUUGGACACCUGUGAAUUUAUUAUCGAGCUCUUUUCCAAAUCAUUUUUCUGUAAAUAUUUCUUUCUACCUGCUCUUGAGUUGACACAUGACCCAGUAGCAAAUGUGAGAAUGAAACUUUGCUACCUUUUGCCCAAAGUGAAAUCUACUCUCAAGAUUCCUGCGGACAAACAUUUACUUCAGCAGUUAGAACUGUGUGUAAGAAAACUUCUCUGUCAAGAAAAAGAUAAAGAUGUUCUGGCUAUUGUCAAACGAACUGUGUUAGAGUUGGACAGAAUGGAAAUGUCUAUGGAUGCUUUUCAGAAAAGGUUUUAUGAAAAAGAUUUAUUGGACCAGGAAAAAGAAAGAGAAGAGCUUCUUCUUUUGGAAAUGGAGCAGCUAGAAAAAGAGAAGCAGCAGAAUGAAGGAAGACCAAGCAGUGAUAAAAUCUUUGAAAAGAAACGUAGAGACAGUAAAACAUCAGCUGUUCUGCCGAAAACCAUUCCUAUGAGUGUUGCGGGAUCAUCUUCAUGCACCCCAUCUACAAGCAAAGAAAUCAAGAAAUCCAAAUUGGUAAGAAGCCAAUCCUUCAGUAGUCAAGCUCUUCACCCUAAAUAUGGCAACUUAGAAAAGUGUACUGGUAAAAAUUCUACAACAGGAUAUGCAGCUUCUGUCUCAGGGAUUGGAAAGUCUUCUGUGCUUUCAUAUACUGAUGAUUCAUUCCGGACUCGUAAUUCCAGUGGUAAUACAUCUCCUUAUUCUUCUAAUACCUCCUUACCAAGUACCUCCCGUAAUAUGACUAACUCAGUUGACCAAAAGAACAAUGGAACUAAAGAUACUCAGCCUCGAAAGGCUACCUUAAAAUCUAGAAAAUCAAAUCCUUAGAUCACCUGACAGACAAGGAAGAAAACCAAAGACAACUGGAGGUAAUGGGAUUGCUCAACAGAAGCAAGAGUGGCAGCUGGGACUUUUUAUGAAUGAAUUGGAGAGACUUCAUUGCAUCUGAUGUUGUUAAGCCUUCCAUAUUUGAAAUUAGAUUCCCUGGGUUGUAUAGUAUAUAUUUCUAUAAAUAAUGUAUUGGUUGCAGAAUUCCAAUGUUAUAGUGAAAUGUUGAAAUGCAACUUUAGGUAUGUGCUUUAACUACUGCCGCAAGAGAGACAAUUAUGCCUUUGUAGUGCAGGAUACCAGUGUCAUCUAUCAAUUGUUCUCAAUUACAGUUUUAGCGUUUUAGCAAAUUGCUAUGAAAGUCACAAUCAGCUGAAAUUGUCCUGGCUAUAUUAUCUAUUUGGGAAAUUAAUAGUAUAUUCAUAAAGAAUCUUCAAGUCCAUUGCAAAAGAAAUACUAAAGGAUGUACAAUUUCCUGCAAGGUCAUGCUGACACAAAUUUACAC